AUGUCUCGACCAACCAGCAAAGACGAAGCCGUUGUCGAGGAGAUCGGACACUCUCCCAAACAUGACACCGACGCCAACGUCGAAGCUCGACUGCAGCAACUCGUCAGAGAGGCACCGCCAUUUUACCGCAGUCGUAACCUCCUCAACCUGUACUUGUUGAUGAUUCCUGGCUGUUUGGUACCCUCCGUUACCCUUGGGUUCGACUCGGCCAUGAUGAAUGGUCUUCAGGCUGUCGCAACUUGGCAAGAAUCCUUUGAUCACCCUCAAGGCGCCGUUUUAGGUCUUCUCACAGCCAUAUUGUCUCUCGGUGCCAUCAUGGCAACGCCGUUCAUCAGCACCGUCGGCGAUCGCUGGGGGCGGCGGGUUGGGAUCAUCGUCGGGUCAUCGAUCAUGGCCACGGGCGGAAUUCUUCAAGGCGCCUCUGUGCACAUUGGCAUGUUUCUCGCCUCCCGCUUUCUCCUCGGCUUCGGACUGGUUUUCUGUAAUACAUUCGCUCCGAUUCUCAUCGGCGAGCUUGCUCACCCGAAAGAUCGGUCAGUCGUCACCUCUCUGUACCAGACGUCCUGGUACAUUGGUGCGAUCAUAGCUGCUUGGACCACAUUCGCUACCUUUUCUAUGCCCAACCAGUGGGCGUGGAGAAUACCGAGCCUGCUUCAAGCCGCACCUGCUUUGAUCCAGAUCGUCGGCGUUUGUUUCGUCCCAGAGUCCCCCCGUUGGUUGGUCGCCAAGGGCCGUGGCGAGAAGGCAAAGCAAAUCCUGGAACAGUAUCACGCGGACGGGAGACAAGGCGACGAGUUGGUGGAGCUGGAGUUUCUGGAAAUCAAGAGCGUCAUUGAGACGGAAUUGACCUCAGAGGGAAUGACGUGGAAGUCCUUCCUAUCGAGCAAAGGGAAUCGGCGAAGAAUGAUGCUCAUGAUCAUGCUAGGGCUUUUCUCCCAGUGGUCUGGAAACGGACUGGUCUCUUACUACUUGGCUCGUGUUCUCGACACGGUCGGUUUCAAGAACAACCGCGACAAGAACAUCAUCAACGGCUGUCUGAUGAUCUGGAACUGGAUAACCGCCGUCUCCUCCGCGUUUUUGACAGCCAAGCUGAAGCGACGAACACAAUUCAUGAUCUCCACCGUUGGCAUGCUUGCGGUGUUUGCCAGCCAGACCCUGUGUGCCGGCCUAUUCAACGAGAGGGGCGACACCCAAGCCGGGUACGGUGUGGUGGCGAUGCUGUUCCUCUUCUACACCUUUUUCAACCUCGCGUUCAACGCACUGCUCUACUCGUACCCGAUGGAGGUUUUGCCCUAUCAUAUCCGGGCCAAGGGCUACUCAAUUCUCAUGUUCUCGGGAAAGGCGGCGAAUUUCGUCAACGCUCUCGCCAACCCCAUUGGUUUAGAAGCUUUGGGCUGGAAGUUCUACAACGUCUACAUCGGGUGGUUGUGUGUUGAAGUUGCUUGCGUUUACCUGUUCUUGGUCGAGACGAAGGGCCCGUCACUCGAGGCUAUUGCGGAUGUUUUUGAUCGGCUCGAUGUUCAUUUCAUGUUUGAUCAAGGAAGCUUUCUGAGGCAGUAUGCCUUGGGUACCGUUCCGAAAAUCAUACUCUACUCCGUCAUGGCGCUCGGAAUCCGAUAUUCGCACGCGCCAUUUCAAGAUCCUCAUAUGAGGACACACUGGGGCGAGCCUCUUCAACGCAAGGCGCGACAGCUGUUGCAAGAAGACUUCGACGACCCGACUUUGACGACUGCACAAGCCUACGUCCUCCAAGCCACGUACCACCUCACAUUCGGUGGAACUAGAAGAGCCUCGCUGUACAUCAACAACGCUCGAGUCGUGUUAAACAUUCUGAAUUUGCAAAACGGCCUCCAAGAUGACGAGGUUGACCCCGUCCAAGCGGAAACCAUCCGUCGCCUCCUAGCGACCGUGGCUCUGACAGACAACCUGAUGUUGCCAUUCGCAAAGAACGAACGGGCUUUUGUCCGCAUCGACUCGAUGCCGCGGCUAUUCAGCGACGACGAGUAUGACGCUCUAAGGACACGAUCUCGUAACCCCCCUGAGGUUCCCUCGGCCCCGAAUCUCAUGCAAGAAAUUUUGAAGCUGUCCGAUCUAUAUUACAAAGUCUGUGAGCAACGCAGAGAUAAUCCCGGCAAGUCAACCACGUCUUUGGCAUCAGCAGUCUCGACUUGGCACUCUUCGCUUCCGGCAUCACUGAGUUACUCUGAAAGUAAUUUGCAAGCCCACCACUCUAGGUUCUCCUCACGGCAGUUUGCCUUUGUUCAUCUGCACUACCAUCACAUCUGGCAGAUCAUCCUGAUGGACACGAUGUCGUGGACAACUCCAGUGUUGACCGGCAACGCCAGCCAGCGCGUUCUGCCAGAGCAAAUCUACGAUCACGCAUCUCGGAUUGCCGACAUUGUCUCGAAAGUCUGGGAGCUUGGCCAAUUCGAUCUACACAACGGUUGCUUUGGUCUACUGUUGAUCACCACUCAAGUCGUUCUGGUCCACCGGCUUCUGAGCUCGACGGAAGUAGACCAAAAGUUGACGACGCAAUCCAAGAUGAAAGGCCUGCGGGAUUGCAUGACACGAGUAAAAGGCCAUUGUAGGCUUUUCAACUGGGUAUUCCACCAGUCUGAGUGGCUGCUCCGUGUGUGUGGACAGGAUGAGUUCUGGCUACACGAGCAGUGGCAGACGGUACUCAAUGAUCAAUUGAUGUCUCUUGGAACCAGGUUUGAAAGACUUGAUCUCCAGACUGCUGGGCGGCGUGCGGAGCUGGAGAACUUGGCGAAUGCGGCGUCGCAUAUCGACCAUCAGAGGGGCGAGAUACCCAGGAUUCUCAGGGAAGAGUUUGUCAAUUCGAGGCGCGAACAAUCAAACAGGGCCCUGGAGGAUAGGUGA